AUGCAUUUAUUCCGAAAGCCGAGUACCGAUAGGAUGGUCAGCAACGAGGAGAGGAGAAAAAGGAUGAACACGGAAGUUGGCAAAAGAAAAACGAACGAAAACUUUAGCUACCAGAUUUGGGCUACAGCUAUAGCUACCAGACUUAGAGCUACAGCUAUAGCUACCAUACCUAGAAAUGCAGCUUUAGCUACCAAACCUAGAGCUAUAGCUUUAGCUACCAGACUUAGAGCUACAGCUUUAGCUACCACACCUGCAGCUACAGCUUUAGCUACCACACCUGGAACUACAGCUUUAGCUACCAGUCUUAGAGCUACAGCUAUAGCUACUAGGCUUAGAGCUGUAGCUAUAUCUACCAGACCUAGAGAUGCAGAUUUAGCUACCAGAGCAACAAUUACCGCUACAGCUACGUCUAAAAUUCGUAACUAUUCCCAGAUGUUCUUAACUCCAAGUGUACCAUUAUAG